AUGACUGGGUGGUUGACUGAGAACUACGAAAGAGUAGAAGGGGUGUGUCUGCCGAGAUGUGUUCUCUACACUCAUUACUUAGACUUCUGCAAGAAGAACACCUUCACUCCGGCAGGGGCCGCUACUUUUGGAAAGAUCAUCCGUCAGAAAUUUCCUAAGUUGACUACACGCAGACUCGGAACUCGCGGCCAGUCCAGGUAUCAUUAUUAUGGGAUCGGCAUAAAACAGACUUCAGUUUAUUACCAGUCUGUCUACUCUGGAAGAGGCCUGACACGAUUUUCUGGUGUGAAGAUCAAAACCGAGGGAUCGAACCGGAAGUAUUCUCUCAGCUCCAAGACAGGAACUCUGCUGCCUGAGUUUCCUGAGGUUGACAACCUUAUCUUGCCUGAGGACGUGUGCCCUGAAAAGAUGAAGACCCUGCUUAUGAUGUACCGUACCCACUGUCAACGAAUACUGGACACAGUCAUCAGCGCCAACUUUGACGAGGUACAGAAUCUGCUGUUACACUUCUGGCAAGGCAUGCCCGGGCAUCUCACGCAGCUACUGCACUCAGACAUCCUCUGCGCCAUCGUGGCUCUUUGUGAUUCCAUUUUGUACAAAGUGUUGGCAGAUAUCCUUGUUCCUCCUUCGAUUCAGGACAUACCAGACAGCCUCAGUGCAGAAAUCAAACUGUUUACGAGGAAGCUGCCAUGUUGGAUCAGUGCUGCGCUAGACAGUGUGCCGGACUCUAUAAGACAGCGGAAAAUAGAGAGUGCCAAAGGGUUUAUUCAGAGUGUCAGACGUCAACUGUCUUUUGUCCAUCUUGCACAGACGGCGAGGUCCGUUCUGGCCAAUCAGGAGGGCGUGGCCCAGAUGCUGGAGGAUCUCGGUGACGUGGACUUCCGCCAGGUGCUAUGUCAAGCCGUGUAUACACAGCCACCCAGCGCACACUCGUACCGCCACUCCAUCAUGGAAUUUUUCACGGAAUUCCAAAGUCUUCUGAAGAAACAGUCGCCGGUGGAAGCAUACACGGAGUGGAUCGACAACAUUGUGGAUACGUUUGUUCUGCAGCCUUGCAAGGAGAAGGAUAUCGGUUUCCUCGACAGAUCGGCAGACUUCUUGUUGCAGUGGGCCAUGUUUGGGUCGCUGUUGAUGAAGGAGCUCACUUUACACAACGCCAUCAGCUUUGGGGCCUUCCAUCUGCUGCACGUCAUGCUAGAUGAGUACGUCUUCCUGGUCCUCGAGACGCAGCGGGAGCAGUCACGUGACCACCAGCUGCAGACGCACGUGCAGCGGCACAUGAAGAAUUGGGAAACCAUCAAAUGCAUGCCAAGGUCAGAACAGGAGGUGCAAAGGCAGGAAACUCUUCCCCCAAGGCCAAGAAACGGAAACAUGAGGAUGUAUCGAGCAAUGCUGAUGAAGCAGAGGCGGGGUCAGAAAGAGGUCACAUGCUUGAGAGCCGACCGCACCCUGCCUCAAGCGGUGAAUGUCUUGGAGAUGGAUCACCACCCGUCGGGUACGAGUCUCAUUCCGCCACGGCCUUCACCCGCCCACCACCUUCUGUACCCCAUGAAGCUUCCCUACCCAGUGAGGGCCCCGAGAGAGUAGCGGCAGUGCCUUCACACCUGUCCGUUUGUCCCCAGUCAAACAUUUGAACUCUGUGAACUGUGUGACUUACGAUCGACCCUCCUACAUGCCUCCCUUCAGCCUCAACACCUACUCCGACUAUGUCAGCCAGAACAUGACGACUGCAGU